AUGGCCAGCAGGGUACCCAUAGAAUCUGAGGCAGUAUUGACAUGCCCGUCGCCCGUCUCACUGCUGUGCUGUCCCAUGUGAUUGCAGGGCACACAAUGCCUUUUUAGGAGACUCUAAAAGGGAAUUUGCACAAGGUAUGCCAAUUACAGUAAAGGUCAUGAUGCAUGUUUCAGUUAAUACUGAGAUUUAGAUCAGAUAGCAUUGUUUCAACAUACUUCUACUCAAAUUUGAGCUGGCUCAUGUCUAAAAGCGUUGUUAAAAAAUCCUAGCCGGGCCAGUGGAGGGUGGGGGGGCCCUCCUCACCCCCUCUCCUCGCCUGCCUCCCCUCAGCCUUUCCCUCAUCCCUCCCCACCCUCAGCCCUCUCCUUCAAGCCCUCCUCUCCUCAUCCCUCCUCCUCACCCUCCUCCUUCCGCUCCUCUCUCCUCAGCCCUCCUCCUUCAGCUCUCCCUCCCCUCUCCUCAGCCCUCCUCUCCUCCUGCCCUCCUCCUUCCCCCCUCCUCCCUCACCGCCCUCCUCUCUCCCCCUCCUCCUCAUCCCUCCUCUCCUCCUUCCCUCCUCCUUCAGCCCUCCUCUCCUCCUUCCCCUCCUCCUUUCAUCUCCUCCCUGCCUCCUUCCUGCCCUCCUCUCCGACGUUCUCCUCCCUCCUCCUUCAUCCUUCUCUCCCUUCCUCCUCCUCCCUCCUCGUCUCCUCCCUUCCCGCCUCCUCCCCUCCUCUUCCCUCCGCCCUCCUCUCCUCCUCCCUCCUCUCCUCCUCCCUCCUUCCUUCAGCCCCUCCUUCUCCUUCAUCCCCAGACAGAACAGGACAGAGUGCUUUUGAGUCCCUCAGCAUAUGCCCACUGAAAGUUACCACCAUUUUAAAGGAAUAUCUCAUCGCUGUAUCACCAAAUUUCCACAACCAGCAGUCCAGACACCCACACCUGUUGCAAAAUGCAUGUGUGACACACAUGCCACACACACACACACUAGACAUACACACACACACAAUGUGGGUACCACCUGCAGGUUUCUAAACCAUUGUGUCCAGCUCGCUAAGAUGUUCUGAGAGUCCACUUGACAAACCAAAGAGAUUCCUCACUUACACAGCACUGUGGAUCACUUGGAGGUUUAAUGGAGGCCAUCAUCAAAUCUAUGCUAAUCUCAUUAACCUCAGUUACUUGGACGUUUGAGGGCUUAUGAAUUCACUUAGGAAAAGGUGUCCUUGGUAUCCAUCCAUAUUAAAAGAUUACUGACUGACAAUCAAUUAACUGUUCUCGUUAACAUAGAAUCCUGCAGACAGUAACAAAUGGCACCUUUAAAAUUUGCUUUAGCCACAUAUCUAGCCAAAAAUGUGACGUUUUUUUUUCAGUUGCCUUUCAGUCGGUCACUACUCUUGUAUAACAUCCUAUGGGGAGUUCCAACGACCAAUUCUAAUCAACCUGAAGCAAACGUGAUUCACGGCCAACGGGGCCAAUGGAUCCGAGCCCGCCCGCGAAAGCCCCGCCUGGGGGUCGUGAGAGAACUCUGAAAUAAAAUAUAUAAAAUCGCACUUGGUUAAUAAGAACAGGGUUUAAUUGAAGUACUGUCAGACUUGAUUUUUGUAAUAGACUGUCACAGUCUCAAUUAAAAAAAAACCUUGGCUGUGAUUACCUAACUAUAAGUUUUUUACAAUGUUUGGGGUUCGCAAAAUGUUUGUUUGACAUCAAAUGGGGGUCGUGACGUGAGCCAAAUAUGUUUGGGAACCUCUGCCCUGAUGUGCCAGUUUUGGCCUUGGUAUCGGUUUUUGGGUUUGUGAAAACCCACUACUUCCUGCUUGCUUGGUGUACCAAUGCCUUCUUGCUUUACUAAGAUGGCCAGUGUAGAGUAAGUUCAAAAAGGCAACCAUCCGAUUUUGAAACCUCCGACCGUGCCCUAGUGGUUUUCACAAAGAAAAAAAAAAAAUUAAAGAUACCACGAGUGCUGUCCUAUUUCCUGGGGUGGCAACAGCUCAGAGGCCUUGGCUCAGACCAUUCGUGUGACCAUUGUCUCCGGCUGGUUCAACUUCCAUUGGUAGUCGUGCUGCCUUUUUGUGGAAGAGAUUGGUGUUAGAGUGAGUUCACAGCCGGAGUGAGGCUCAUUCCGGUUUUCUCUGGCAGUGUUCAAGUCAGGACUCCUGGUAUGAAUUUACUAGCCUACAUCAACUACAAGGAGGACGCAUUCUCUCUCUCUCUCCUAAACCUGGCCUGUUGCGCUCAUAGGUCAGUGCGCAUUUCCUGUCGCUCAGGCGACGUAUCUUCCCAUCUUUCAACGUGGGUGAAGAUCUACUUUCUAGGGGGGGUCCCUAUCUCUAGGAGUGGAGAGUGCAACCCCUUUGUGGUGGACCCGAUAUGGGAACCCGGUUCGUCAGAGCCAACGUAGAUCUUAUGCGCGUGAGACCUAUACGCAUUGUCAUCUGUUCUUCUCAAUAAGGGAUCUGGGCGCUCGGUCAGUUGGGAACGUUGGUGUCUCCCCGUACAUCCUGCUCUAUGUGUUUUUCUGGUGGACCUAUUCAGGCCAUCGAGGAUAGGCUCCCUCAGUAAGGGUGUGUUGUUGAUUUUGGUGGCUCCCCGUUGUCCAUACAACCUGGUUCCCCGAGAUACCGCCUGUUGGGCUUGGUCUCGGUAUCCUAUUGUCCCCAGCGCACGGAAGAAUUUGGCACCCACGACUGCAGAUAUUGGGGAUCUGUGGUUUGGACCCUGAAAUGUUGUAAUUUGUCAGCUAGGGGUUUUUCCUCUAACGUGAUUAUGACUUAGAAAUGCUAAUUAAUUUAAUGAGGAGAGACCAGGUCAAUCACCAAUCAUGAAUAUUACUUUAUCAAAAUGUAUUAAUAAGGGAGCAGGUCACACCACAACACCAAUGAAUAGAGUGAGUGCCUGCAAUAAUGAUGCUGGUCGACCCACCUCUUAGUGUUUUGGGGCCGAGAGCUCUGACAUACGAGAAAACGAGGUCUUAUAUAGUGACGCAAGUAAGCUUAGUCCAGGCUGGUUCAACCACAACUGUCUCACUGUUGUCGACUCAACAGAUAUCUACUGGAUGAGGUGGCACAUAUCAUAGUCCUCUGUGUUCUCAUGCGAUUACUAAGAACUGUUUGUUCUUAGAAUAGAGGAUAAGGAGAGACGUCGUUCGGACAGAGAUACCUUGUAUCCCGACAAUGCAAUUUCAGAUACAGAGGGUGGGGGGAAGACCGAGUAUGUCCGCCGUGGUUGGAUUAGCUACAGAGAUAGAGUUAUGUUAUAACAGCAACUUACAACAACCAGAGUAACAGGAUUGUAACCCCCUAAAUUUAUUAACCUGAAUAAUGCUAUCUCAUUUUUUCUCUCACAGACUGCAUAGGUUUGGCCGCGUUCACCCUCUAUGAGAGGAGCGCAUACAUACUGUAUAGUGACGCCAUUUAGUUUGGUGUCAGGUUAAAGGAGUUUCUCCUUUUUCAGAGCUCUUUGGUGGACAUUUUGAUGUUCUUCUUCAGAGCCUUUUUGAGUCAGGGGGCUUUUUUCCACAUUGAAGAUUUAUAUGGCAGCAUCUCAGGAUGACGGCUUCUACCCCAGGGUCUCAUCCCUGGUGGUGCGGUUCCCCACAUUAGUAGCCGCCGUUUGAACCAAGGAGUCUGUGGACCUGAAGUUCCUUCCUACAAGACUGCCCUGCUUCAUGGCCUUGGCGUCGCCAAGCGCGUUGUGGGGAUUUUCCAAGUGCUAUUGUACCCCCUUCCGUUUGGAGUUUGCGCCUGGCGACUCCAUGUGAGGUUACGUCCUAAUGCAGCUUGCUCCAAAAGGUUAUCCCUAUGUCGUACAGGGUCCCUGGCUUCAAGCUGUGCCCUAUCUCACCUCUCUUUUUGCUUCCAUGAACAACAGAGGUUUUGCAUGGCCUGUGUCAUAUGCACGCUUACGCACGUAGAUAUGGCUAUGACCAAGAAAUCUACAUUAAUGACCAGCUUUUUCACCUAAUCCAGCUCGGAGGGUAGGGCACUUUUCGUAAAUUGGGAUAGUGGAGGCUAUCCUCCCUGCGCUGGCGUGUGACGCACGGGAAGGGAACCUAGCAGUGGCGUGCUCAUCUCCACUAGGGUGUGGCGCUUCUUGGGCAUUGUUCGGGGUCAUGACGAUUGUAUAUCUGUGCUGCGCGAUUUGGGCUUCCCCACAUACCUUUGUGAGGGUUUUUAUUAUCGCUUGGACGUAUGUGCUUCCCAGUGGUGGCUCAUAGGUUCUUAUGGCUGGGUCCCGGAGUGGGUGUUGGGGAGUGGGUCCAGGAGUGGGUCCAGGAGUGGUGUUGGGAUGGGUCCAGGAGUGGGUCCAGGAGUGGAUGUUGGGGAUUCGGUCCAGGAGUGGGUGUUAGGGAUGGGUGUUGGGAGUGGGUCCAGGAGUGGUGUGUUAUGAGUGGGUCCAGGAGUGGGGUCCAGGAGUGGGUGUUAGGGAGUGGGGUUGGGAGUGGGAUUCGCAUCGAGUGGAUCCAGGAGUGGUGUUUAUGGAGGGGUGUUGGGGAGUGGGUCAGGAGUGGGUGUUAGGGUAGGUGGGUCCAGGAGUGGGUCCAGGAGUGGGUGUUUGGGGUAGUGGGUCGGCAGGAGUGGGUCCUGAGGGUGGGUGGUGGGGGGUGGUGCCAGGAGUGGGUGUUAGGGUAGGUGGUCCAUGGAUUGGGUCGCAGGAGUGGGUGUAGGAGUGGUGUUGGGAGUUGGUCCAGGAGUGGGUUCGGCAUGUAGUGGUGUUAGGGUAGUGGUCCUAGGAGUAGGGUCUCAGGUGGGUGUUAGGGUUGGUGUGGGGAGUGGUCAGUAGUGGGUUCCAGGAGUGGGUGUUAGCACAUCUUUCAGUUUGCGCAUUUAUUCCGGUUACCAGCAGUUUCCUUUGGGUUGAGGCGCUUUGGCUGCGGCAGUUCGUCGAUGAACUCGUGUGCUGCAAAUGCACAUUAUCAAGUCACCGUCAGUGUCCUGCGCUGUUGUUUGGACUUUGCGGUUCGCAUUGUGUGGAGUUCUGGCAUUCCUAGACGCCUCAGGUCUUGGUGUGAGCCGUGUUGAACCUGGUUAGGUCAUGGACUUGGCGGGCGCCGUGAUCGAUGUAGGCAGCAUUUGUCCGGGUUUAUCACAGUUUUCCCUGCGGGUUUAAGCCUGUGGUGUCUUGUCCGUGUGGCAGCACGAGAGUAUUACCGUUUCCCAGGUUAAUGCAGGUUUCCUGUGGGGUUUGCCCUCAGGCUGCCGUGGUUCAUCGAUCUGGCCGAUGCUAUGCAGCGUGCGCGUGUGCUUUACAAAGUCACGACAGGGUUUUUUGGACUUGAGGUUCUUGUACGAGUUCUGACAUUUCAGGCUUGCAAGGUAAGAUUGUUAUGGGGACCCGUGUGGGUCUUGGGACUUGGGCUGCAGUGGCAGCGUGUCAUGUGCGCAUAGGCCAGUUGCAGUAGGUUCUGUUCGCGCUAUAUGUGGUUUGACAGUUUAGGCUGCUGCGGGUAAUAUUAAGGCUCUGUAACCCCCUUUUUGGAGACGGUGGUAAACUCUGUGUAUGGCUUGGCCUGCCGUGGGACCCCUAGUUGGUACGCCUCUGAGGCCGGCUUUUGGGGCGUGAUAGUUAGGUCCCAUAGUAUGUUAUAAGCGCCUGAUAAGGGGAACGUUACAGUUAUGAAUAUAACUGGCGGUUCCGGCGAAUGAGGUAAGCGAGUAUGACAUAUUUGCGCCCCGGCACCGUCUAGGGGUUUUGGGCAUCAUUCACUAGCAUCAGAUAAACGUACAGUACAGUACAGUUACCAGUGUCAGUCUAGGGCACAUACGUGAUAUAAAAUCGUAACAAGUUGUGAAUAAUAACUUAGAGCUGUUGCUUUGUGAGGAGGGAACACGAGGUACACUACUAUGGUGAGUCGCUAACGCCAAUCCUAUUCACCUGAAGCAAACUUAAAUUACGCCCAACAGGCCAAUGGAUGCCGAGCUCGUCCUCGGAAGCCCCGCCCUCUCUGGUUAUAAUAACCACAGAAUAGCCGCAUGUGCACACUCCCUCAAAUCGUUUGGGAAAAUAACCUUUCUGUUUUAUUCAGUUUUGUUCAAUUGUAUUCUUCAUACUAAUAAUAAUAUAAAAUCAUGCCACGGGAAUUCUAAGCUAAAUCAUGUCUGCGAAAUGAGCUAGUGUAGUCCACAGCCAUUUGGCAUAGCUAGAUCAGGACUCUAACAUAAGGACAACUCAGAGUAUGCUAUUCUGUUCUUCUGAAAAUAGACUACAUUUUCUUUCAUAUCAUGCUUCUUUAGACCUGUCUAAAAUAAAUAUGGAUUUAUUGUGAAGGUGUAGGCUAUAUUACAUUGGAUUUAUUAGACUUUUUAAAUGUAGAUGUUCCAAAGGUUCUGCAUCAGUGGCUUGUAGGCUAUGUGUGGGAAGCCAGGGCAGGCACUUAACCCUUAAUUGCUCAUGUAAGUCGCUCUGGAUAAGAGCGUCUGCUAAAUGACUAAAAUGUAAAUGUAAUGCUAAAUGUGUUUAUGUUAACUACAAUUCAAUUACAGUGAGACCGACAGUUAUUUGCUUGACAAUCACUGGCUGACGAAAUUUUCGUGACCGCCACAGCCCUACUUGGAAAUUAUUGAUAGUUUACGACAGUAACCUUAUGCUUCCCUCCAGGUUUUUCUAGGCUCUGGAGGGUAGGGUGGAGAAGUACUACUCCUCCAUGAUCAUCCAGCCCAACUCACCCAUCAGCAGUGACCUUCUCCUGGACCAGACGGAGUCCCACAUCUACAUCAUGACCAGCACACAUGGUUAGUCUGAGUGGACACCACACAGCAAAACACAGCUCAAAACACAUCAUCAACUAGCUACUUGACUCUCCUAAUAUAGAAGCAGGGAUUAUCAACUACAUUCAGCCACAAGCCCAUUUUUUUUCUUGAGCUGAUGGUUGGGGGGCGGAAUGCAGUGAAGUCGAUCAAGGGUAGGUACAGAUGUGUUUUUGGCAUUUUGUCUGACCAGCCAUUGGCACACUCCCUUUUAGAUUAGAAGGCCUUCUCAUGAAAAGCAAGUACUUAUAAAGGUGUGUGUGUGUGGUUGUGGGGGGGGGGGGGGGUGGGGGGUUAGGGGGCAUUUAUAAAUGAUAUAACACAAUUAUAGCACCUCUACAGCUUCAUUGUCCAUGUAUAGUACAAGCUGUUCAUAAAGAAAGGGAUGGUGGGUAAUCUUCAGGUGGAGAGAAGCGGCCGGUGGGCAGAGUUGUGAUCACCUGGGACUGUCAGUCCUGUCUCUCACACCCGAGACCCUUUACGUGGCUGGUGUGUUCUGGAGGGCAGGGUGGGAAGCACCCAACUCAAUAUUCUAAUUCUAUACCACAGAGAGUCAAGUUUAAUAAGAGCUUGAAAAUAUAGGAAGAGCAAAGGCAAAAUGUCAACAUUAACUUAUGAUCACCUUUCCCAUUUCUUCCUCUCUUUGGACCUGUGUUCCACCCCUCACCCCCAUGUCCCCCUGUGAUGGCAGGUGUGGCCAGCGUCCCAGUGCAGUCGGGGGGCUCUGCAGGGGCCAAUGGCUGUGGAGCUUUGACCAGCAGCAGCAGUGUCUCAGUAUCCAAUCCUUGAGCCUGUAUAACAUCAGCCGUGGAGAGGAGACAGACGUAAGACAUGAGAAGUGCAAGAUACAGUGUUGUUUUGAGCUUGAAAUGAAAAAAAAAAGAAUACCCUUUGACACCUGUCUGUUUGUCUGUCUGUCCCUCUUUCUCUCUCUCUCUCUCUCUCUCUCUCUCUCUCUCUCUCUCUCUCUCUCUCUACUCUCUCUUCUCUCAGAUUGCUGUGUCAGUGAAGGGAUUGCCAAGUCUAGUGGAAGGCGAAGCAUACAAAUGUUUCUACCAGGAUGUGGAAAGUCCUGCCACCGUCACAGACACUGGUGUGACCUGCUCUACCCCCGACGCCAGCAGGCUGCCUCUCAUUGGCCAGGGAGAAGGUGAGGGACAUUGGUGUGAGACCAAUAGGACACUACAAAGCAAAAUGCAAAAUGAUUCCUCUCUCAUUCUCAAUGAUCACCAGAGCGAACUAUCCUACUACUGUCCUCUCCUCCUCAGACUCAGUCACUGUCCCCCUGUCCCUUCGCUUCCUCAAAGUGACAGUGGCUGCUUGGGAGUUCACCUUCUUUGACUGUGGCGUGGUCCAACAGCUCUCUGGACGCAUGCCGUGAGUUAAAAUGCUGACAUUUUACCGCAAUAUAAUUGUAUAUUUCUCCCUGUUAACCUCUCACUGUCUCCGUCUUCUCUCUGUUUUCAGGUGCAGAGGUUGUGUGAGCAGCCGCUGGGGCUGUAACUGGUGUAUUCACCAGCACUUCUGCACCCCAAACAUUUCCUGUGAUGAGGGAGUCACAAUUUACAACCAACACGUAAGUCCACCUACAGGUUGUCAGUCAGUGCAGUUACAGGACUGCUAGCUGGUACGUACUAUAUCUACUAACCAGCCUAUUCAGGUUUGCUUUGUAGAGAAACUGGUAACUGUCCUAGGUAAGGGGUACAGUGGCUUACGGAAGUAUUCACCCCCCUUGGCAUUUUUCCUAUUUUGUUGCCUUACAAACUGGAAUUAGAAUUGAUUUUUUGGGGGUUUGUAUAAUUUGAUUUACACAACAUGCCUACCACUUUGAAGAUGCAAAAUGUUUUUUAUUGUCAAACAAACAAGAAAUAAGACAAAAAAACUGAAAACUUGAGCGUGCAUAACUAUUCACCCAGCCAAAGUCAAUACUUUGUAGAGCCACCUUUUGCAGCAAUUACAGCUGCAAGUCUCUUGGGGUAUGUCUCUGUAAGCUUGGCACAUCUAGCCACUGGGAUGUUUGCCCAUUCUUCAAGGCAAAACUGCCUCAGCUCCUUCAAGUUGGAUGGGUUCCGCUGGUAUACAGCAAUCUUUAAGUCAUACCACAGAUUCUCAAUUGGAUUGAGGUCUGGGCUUUGACUAGGCCAUUCCAAUACAUUUAAAUGUUUCCCCUUAAACCACUUGAGUGUUGCUUUAGCAGUAUGCUUAGGGUCAUUGGCCUGCUGGAUGGUGAACCUCCGUCCUAGCCUCAAAUCUCUGAAAGUGUCACGAUCGUCAGGGAGAGACCAAGGCGCAGCGUUGAAUGCGAACAUUAUAUAUUUAUUUAGAAUGAUCACACGAUCAAAACAACAAUGAUAACGUGACGUCUACAGUAUAACACAAACCAAAUCAGAACAAGAAACCACAAACACAAAGUGAAAGACAGACAGUUAAAUAUGGCUCCCAAUCAGAGACAACCAGCUGACACUCGUUGCCUCUGAUUGGGAGUCACUCAGGCCAACAUAGAUAGACAACGACUAGAACCUAAACAAAAUAAACACCCUGGCUCAACAUACGAGAGUCCCCAGAGCCAGGGCGUGACAGUACCCCCCCCCCCAAAGGCGCGGACUCCGACCGCGCCAACCAACCACAACAGGGGAGGGACCGGGUGGGCACUCCGCCUCGGCGGCGGAUCCGGCUCCGGACAUGACCCAGGCACGGGUUGUGCUGGACUGACGACGCGCACCCCUGGCUUGGUGCGUGGAGGAGGAACGGGCCUUACCAGGCUGACGACGCACACCGUAGGCUUGGUGCGUGGAGCAGGGACAGGCCGGACUGGGCUGACGAAGCACACCACUGACUUGGUGCGGGGAGCAGGAACGGGCCGAGCCGGGCUGACGAAGCGCACCACUGUCUUGGUGCGGGGAGCAGGAAUGGGCCGGACCGGGCUGACGAAGCGCACCCCUGGCUUGGUGCGGGGAGCAGGAAUGGGCCGGACCGGGCUGACGAAGCGCACCCCUGAUUUGGUGCGGGGAGCAGGAAUGGGCCGGACCGGGCUGACGACGCGCACCACUGACUUGGUGCGGGGAGCAGGAAUGGGCCGGACCGGGCUGACGACGCGCACCACUGACUUGGUGCGGGGAGUAGGAAUGGGCCGGACCGGGCUGACGACGCGCACCACUGACUUGGUGCGGGGAGCAGGAACGGGCCGCGCCGGGCUGACGAAACGCACCACUGACUUGGUGGGAGUGGCAGGAACAGGCCGGACCGUACUGGGAACACACACCACUGGCCCUACGUGGGGAUCAGGAACAGGCCGGACCGGACUGGCAACACACGCCAGUACCUCUCGCCGUGCCUCUACAACCUCCUUCCCCCUGAUGACCAGUGACUCCCGUAACCUGGCGGCCUCCUCUGCCAACCCGCUGGACCGCUCUAUCGCGGCCUCCUGCUGCCCCGACGUCGUGAGCCCCCCCUUAAAAAUGUUCUGGGGGUCUCUCCUCCCCGUGGGCCAGGCCUCCAUCGUUCUCGCCCAACUCUCGCUCCUCUGUCUCCAACUCCCGCCAUUCAGCUCCUCAAUGGGCUUGACCCAGUCGAAGCUCUUCCUCAACUGGUCCCAAGUCCACCCUCUCUGCUCCUCACUAGGCUUGACCCAGUCGAGGUUGCCACGGAGAUCUGCUAGCGAUGGCUCCUGGACACGCUGCUUGGUCUGGUUUUGGUGGUUUCUUCUGUCACGAUCGUCAGGGAGAGACCAAGGCGCAGCGUUGAAUGCGAACAUUAUAUAUUUAUUUAGAAUGAUCACACGAUCAAAACAACAACGAUAACGUGACGUCUACAGUAUAACACAAACCAAAUCAGAACAAGAAACCACAAACACAAAGUGAAAGACAGACAGUUAAAUAUGGCUCCCAAUCAGAGACAACCAGCCGACACUCGUUGCCUCUGAUUGGGAGUCACUCAGGCCAACAUAGAUAGACAACGACUAGAACCUAAACAAAAUAAACACCCUGGCUCAACAUACGAGAGUCCCCAGAGCCAGGGCGUGACAGAAAGACUGAAACAGGUUUCCCUCAAGAAUUUCCCUGUAUUUAGCGCCAUCCAUCAUUCCUUCAAUUCUGACCAGUUUCCCAGUCCCUGCCGAUGAAAAAGAUCCCCACAGCAUGAUGCUGCCACCACCAUGCUUCACUGUUGGGAUGGUGUUCUCGGGGUGAUGAAGAGGUUUGCGCCAGACAUAGUGUUUUCCUUGAUGGCCAAAGUCUCAUCUGACCAGAGUACCUUCUUCCAUAUGUUUGGGGAGUCUCCCACAUGCCUUUUGGCGAACACCAAACGUGUUUGUUUAUUUUCUUCUUUAAGCAAUGGCUUUUUUCUGGCCACUCUUCCGUAAAGCCCAGCUCUGUGGAGUGUACGGCUUAAAGUGGUCCUAUGGACAGAUACUCCAAUCUCCGCUGUGGAGCUAUGCAGCUCCUUCAAGGUUAUCUUUGGUCUCUUUGUUGCCUCUCUGAUUAAUGCCCUUCUUGCCUGGUCCGUGAGUUUUGGUGGGCGUCCCUCUCUUGGCAGGUUUGUUGUGGUGCCAUAUUCUUUCAAUUUUUUAAUAAUGGAUUUAAUGGUGCUCCGUGGGAUGUUCAAAGUUUCUGAUUUUAUUUUAUAACCCAACCCUGAUCUGUACUUCUCCACAACUUGGUCCCUGACCUGUUUGGAGAGCUCCUUGGUCUUCAUGGUGCCGCUUGCUUGGUGGUGCCCCUUGCUUAGUGGUGUUGCAGACACUGGGGCCUUUCAGAACAGGUUGUAUAUAUACUGAGAUCAUGUGACACUUAGAUUGCACACAGGUGGACUUUAUUUCACUAAUUAUAUGACCUCUGAAGGUAAUUGGCUGCACCAGAUCUUAUUUAGGGGCUUCAUAGCAAAGGGGGUGAAUACAUAUGCACGCACCACUUUUCCAUUAUUUAUUUUGUAGAAUUUUUUGAAACAAGUUAUUUUUAUCAUUUCACUUCACCAAUUUUGACUAUUUUGUGUAUGUUCAUUACAUGAAAUCCAAAUAAAAAUCCAUUUAAAUUACAGGUUGUAAUGCAACACAAUAGGAAAAACGGCAAGGGGGAUGAAUACUUUGCAAGGCACUGUAACUGUUAGUUUAUUCAUGUCUUGUCGUAUUGUCGUUUUGAGUGUUUGCUUUUUUUGUUGUGAACGUUUAGUUUUUUUUGUCAGUCUUAUUUGCAUAUAUUUCUUGCCUGUCCUCUCGUUUUACCGUUGUCUCCUUCCUCUCCAUCCUCUACCUCCUCUACCUCCUCUCCCUCCUCUCCCCUCAUCUAACUCCUCUACCUCCUCUACCUCCUCUCCCCUCCUCAUCCUCCUCUACGUCCUCUCCCUCCUCUCUCUCCUCUCCCCUCCUCUCCCUCCUCUACCUCCUCUCCCUCCUCUCCCCUCCUCUACCUCCUCUCCCUCCUCUACCACCUCCUCCCUCCUCUCCCUCCCUCCCUCCUCUCCCCCUCUUCCCAUCUCCCUCCUCUACCUCCUCUACCCUCCUCACGUCCCUCUCCUCCUUUACCUCCUCUCCCUCCUCUCCAUCCUCUAACCUCCUCUACCUCCUCCCCUCCCCUUCUCUUCCCUCCUCUCCCCUCCUCUCCCUCCUCUCCCUCUCUCCCCUCACUUCCCUCCUCUCCCUCCUCUCCCCUUCUCUCCCCGCUCUCUCCCUCCUCUCCCCUUUCUUCCUUCCUCUCCCUCCUCUCCCCCCUCUCCCCUCCUCUCCCUCUCUACCUCCUCUCCCACUCUCCACUCCUUUCCCUCCUCUCCCUCCUCUCCCCUCCUCUCCCCUUCUCUCCCCUCCUCUCCCUCCUCUCCCUUCUCUCCCCUCCUCCCCCUCUCUCCUUCUCUCCCCUCCUCUCCCUCCUCUCCCCUUCUCUCCCCUCCCUCCCUCCUCUCCCCUUCUCUCCCUCCUCUCUCCCUUCUCACCCCUCCUCUCCCCUCCUCUUCCUCCUCUCCCUCCUCUCCUUUCUCUCCCCUUCUCUGCUCAUGUUGUUACUAUCUCAAGUUGAAACCACCAACAUCCACUCCCCCAGCAACCAAACGAUCUGAUACUGUCCUGGCUGCUCCAACACUCCCAGCCACAGAGGUAUCUGUUAGGACCAAUCCCCCAGCUACUCCCCCCCACCACCCCCGAGCCGACCGCAGUCCCCACCACCCUCUCACCAACCAUCGCCACCACCACACCUUCAACCAUACUGGCCACCCAGGCUACCACUGCACUGGAGGUGACAACCAGUCUGCAGGCAGGGGCCAUCGCUGGAGAGACCACAGUGGAGGGAGAUGGAGACGGGAGUCUCUCCAGGACUAGUGGUGGAACAGGGGAGACAGAGAAGACAACAGUCACCAGGGUUGAGCUGCUAGACUGGCCCAAGGCUCCAGAGACUGUGUCUCCUAGUAGUACUACUGGACUGACAGACACUGGCCUCACUGGGAUGGAGCCCUCAUUCUCUGACACCACCUCAACCACCUCUAGUGGUGUCCCCCUGUUAGUGGACCUGCCCACUGGCUCUGACAGGGAUGAUAUCCCCAUGGCCCCCUUUGAAGGUACAGCCUCACCCCCCUGGACUAAGAAAUGGGACAAGGGGGAGGAAGAGACAAAGAUGGACCCUGCAACAUCCUCUGCCACAGCGCCCUCUGGAGUUGAUGACCCAAACCAGCCCUCUCAAUCCUUUACCCUCACACCUGACCUUGAGUCUGAGUCUUCACCAGACUACCAGUCUGACUCCUUUGAUCUGCCGGUGAGUGGGCGGGGGGCUUUCAUUGUCACUGUCAGUCUAGCUGAUGCACACAGUACAAGUCAUGUGCUUAAUCGGAUAAGUGCAUUUGCAUUGUGUGAAAUUGGUUACUCUUAAUUUGAUCCCAAAUUCCUACCCUCUUUAUUUAUGUCAUUAUAUGUCUGAUGUGUGUAAACAUAGCAUCGCCAUUAUGUUUUGUGUUUUGUGUGUCACUGAAGUUGUCAAUUGUCAAUGCUUUGGAGCUCAAACCAUCCAAAAUGGCUGUCUUCAGUUCAAACUAAACAUGUUGUCUUUUGUUUACGCCUUGUUUGUCAGUGUUUUUUGUUUUACUUCAAUCUCAUGUUAUAGACUUUUAGACUGUAGAGCAGGGUUCUUCAAUUCCGGUCCCGGAGGUUCCGAAACACCUCUGUUUUUCAUCCUCUCCUUCUAAUCAGGGGCUAAUUCAGACCUGGGACACCAGGUGAGUGCAAUUAACUACCAGGUAGAAAUUAAGUGUUUCGGCCCUCCAGGACCGGUAUUGAAGAACCCUGCUGUAGAGCAACAUUUUGAAGUGGGAUUUGCUUAAUUGUUCUAACAGUAAAUCUGGUUUAAAGCGGCGUUAUAAUUUAAAACAAUAGCAAAGUGUCCCUUUUUUCAGUAAAAAGCUGAUAGAUGGGGCUGGAGAUAUGCAACCACUCUCAAAUUCAUAAACAUAGCUAUGGAUGCAAGGACGGACCAUCCAAAUAUAGUUUUAACCAUGUUUUGAGGGUAUAUAGUGUUUGUUUCCAUUUACUUUGUUUACAAACAUUGGAGUAAAACAAGCUUAUAGUUUGGGUUCUGAUGGGAUACGACAGUUGAAUUAAGCUCAUGAGGCAUUUAUAAAUUAUAUUCUUCAAGAAUAAAAAGGUACAUAUCAUUAAUUUCUAAGUCAUAAAAUUGAUGUAGAAACUGCAGAACGCCCCUUUUAAUGACUGAAAUGUACGUGACAUCACCUGGAGAUGAAGGAUAUUGUUUUCUUUGAUGUCCAAUGUCCCCUGUGUGUAUGUCCUUUAACGUAUGUCCUGUAACGUAUGUCCUGUAACGUAUGUCCUGUAACGUAUGUCCUGUACCGUAUGUCCUGUAACGUAUGUCCUGUAACGUAUGUCCUGUAACGUAUGUCCUUUACGUAUGUCCUGUAACGUAUGUCCUGUAACGUAUGUCCUGUAACGUAUGUCCUUUACCGUAUGUCCUGUAACGUAUGUCCUGUAACGUAUGUCCUGUAACGUAUGUCCUGUAACGUAUGUCCUGUAACGUAUGUCCUGUAACGUAUGUCCUGUAACGUAUGUCCUGUAACGUAUGUCCUUUACCGUAGUCCCGUAACGUAUGUCCUGUAAGUAUGUCCUGUAACGUAUGUCCCUUUUCCGUAUGUCCUGUAACGUAUGUCCCGAACGUAUGUCUGAACGUAUGUCCUGUAACGUAUGUCCUUGAACGUAGUCCCGUACCUGGUCCUGUAACGUAUGUCCUUUAACGUAUGUCCUGAAAUAGUCCUGAAAGUAUGCCUGUAACGUAGGUCCUUUCCCAGCCUGUAACGUGAGUAGGACUGCCCGUGUGUGGAGAAGGUUGAGGGCUCCUCUCUUCUUCCUGUUAAUGUGGAGCGGAAGAUCACUCUGGUGGGACUCCACCUUCACCUCUUCCAGGUGGGUGAGGAAUUCUGGCUGAUGGUUUACUUGACUUUAGGUGCGUGGUGUGUAAAAUACGGUCUAUGUGUCCAUCUAUUGGCGUGUGCAUGUAUCUGUGUGUGGUCAGGAUGAUGGUCUGGACUAUGAGUGUGUCCUGACCAUCGAGGGCCGGUCAGUGGUGGUGGAGGCGUACGUGGAGCCAGACGACACCCAGCCCUCUCUCUACUUCAUCACCUGUCAGCUACACCAGGUCACUCUCUAUUCAAUAUCAGACUAUGUGGGAUUGCAAUUUGAACAGUGUUUAUCUGUAGGAUGUUUCAUGUUUUUUUUUUUAUGAGUGAUAUUUCAACUAUGCAGGCAGCUAUGAUUAUGUUCACAGCUAAGACUGACUUAUUUUGUCAUGUUGUUGCAGUAUGCCUAUACUGCCUUUGCGGAGGAAUACAAUGCCAUGAUCAGUGUGAGGAGGAGAGACAACUUUCAGAUUGAUAGUGCUGACGACCUUCAUGGUAGGUUAGAAAGGACAAGAACUAUUGAUGUAGAUCUCAUUCAGAUUAUGUGCUGUGGUUGGGUUGUUGACUCCUGGUAUCCUUUUUGUUCCAGUGACGUUGUUUAACUGCUCUGUGGGCCGGUCAGACUGCAGCCGUUGUCGUACGGCUGAUCAGAAGUACGGCUGUGUGUGGUGCGGGGGAGCUCGCUCCAGAUGCAGUUACCAGGACUCCUGCACUGAAGAGAUCAAACAGUCCUGCCCAGCACCCGUCAUCCACUUUGUGAGGCUUGAUUUGUGUCAUUGUCUUUUCAUGUGUUUGCGUCUUCAGACAGUGAAAUGGACUCGUUUCUUAACUUCUCCAUGACUGUGUUGCAGAUGGAGCCCGUCUCUGGACCAGUAGAAGGUGGUACUGUGGUGACCAUCUCAGGCUCUAAUCUGGGACAGAAAGCUGAAGACAUCCAGAACUCUGUCACUAUAGCUGGUGUCCCCUGCACAGUCAUCAACAGCAGAUAUGAGAUCUCCUCAAGGUAAUGUUCUUCUCAUGCAACAACUUUGAUUUCUUCUACCUCCUGUAUCUCUAGUUGUAUCUGCAUUCCGAGUAACAACCUGCUUUAACACUCCAUUGUCCUGUAGGAUUGUGUGUGAGACCACAGCCAGUAGGGGACAGAAGAGUGGCCAGGCCUCAGUCGAGGUGAGAGGAGGAGGACUUGGAUUCUCCGAUCAAAGGUUUAGCUUCCAGGUAACUGUAGCAGACUUUAAAUCCUCUACUAAAAUGUUGAACUAGCCGAGUGGACAACACUAGCCGGCAGAUGAAGUCUGAUAAAGUGUGCUUUUCUAAUGCUCUUCCUCUUCUCCUCAGGACCCAGCUCUGAUGGAGAUAGCCCCUCAGAAGGGGCCCAAGGCCGGGGGCUCUGCAUUGACCAUAAUGGGCCAGAGCCUGAAGACUGGACACCCCAGUGAGGUCAGCGUGCUGAUUGGAGGAGUCCCAUGCCUCAUGUGAGUAUCUUGCAUAUCUGUAACGUUCAGUCACCAGAUCAAACACUGUAAACCAAUGGUGUCUGCAUGAUAUGACAGAAUUCAUCAUUCAUUUGUCAGUUUCCUCAAAGUCCUGUAAUGUUCUGUAGCAGUAGUUGUGAUAUCUGGUUCAAUUCAUUCUCUCUCUAGCUCCUCUGAGGUCGUGGAUGACCAGAUUACAUGUAUGACUGGUGGCAGCAACAGAACCGGGGAGCAUGGAAUCACGGUCCGAUUUGGUAGAGCAGAGCGCCAUCUAGAGGGAGCCAAUUACUACUACACCUCAGAUCCUAACGUAACCAUGGCUACACCCUCCAAUAGCUUCCUCAGGUGGGUGGCACACUGUCACUCACAACUCAUUGUGUCAGAAAUAUAUAUAUAUCUUUUUUUCUUAAAGUCUUCUCUCUGUGUGUCCAGUGGUGGAAGAAUGAUCCGUGUGUCCGGACAAAACCUGGAUGUAGUGCAGGAGGCCAGAAUCCGGGUGACCCUUAGUCCUCUGGAGUCCCUCUCUCCGAGGAAGAGGAUGAGGACGAGGAGGAGUAGCAGAGAUGGAGAGAGUAGAGUGAGAUGUAGAGAAAUCCCACUCAAGAGGCAAAGACGGAUAGUUCCUGAGCCAGACUGUCCUGAAGACACACUCUGUGUUGUCAAACAGGUCAACUAGAAUCCUCUAACAUGAUGUUCAGUUGUCUCCUGGCUUCCAUUGAGGGAUAGGCACUCUUUUCUUUGAUCAUGUUGUGUGAUGUAUCACCUUUAAAGUUUAAGUUGAGAAUCAAUCACUGCUUUCUCUAAAUAUCAAAUAGCAAAACAUGUAUUUUUGCUGCUAAAAUAUUUGUGCUUGAUCUAUAAAUAAGCUUCUCAUCUCCUCUGUCUCAUCUCUCCCUCUCCAGUUUGAGACGCGCUGUGCCGUGAGCAGCUCCUCUCUGAUUCUGUGCCCUACGCCUGCCGUGGGGACCGAGGCCUGCAAUGCCCAGGUCAAGGUGGACUUCCUACUGGAUAACCUGCACUUUGACUUCAGCUCUGUGGGCAGCGGGGCUUUCAGCUAUGCGCUCAACCCCAUCCUAAUCCCACUGAACCAGAAUGACCCCAGCAAACCCUACCACCACAAACCUGGCAGCAUCAUCUCUGUGGAGGUCUCUGCCAAACCCCAUCUCUGCUACCAUAAAAGCUUCUGCAACAGUUUUUCAGAGCCUAUGAGAGUUGUCUGUUUCCUGUCCAGUUGUCUUUCUCUAAUAUCAUUAUUCUUCUGAUCCAGGGGGAGAACCUGGACCUGGCCAUCUUUAAGGAGGAGGUGGUGGCUCUGAUCGGGGAGGGGGUGUGCUCGGUGAAGACCUUGACCCAUAACCACCUCUACUGUGAGCCUCCAUCCCAGCAGCCCUCAGUGAUGGCCAGCAGGAAGCAGGAGGGCAUGGAUUCUCUCCCUGAGUUCACUGUACGUCCACACUCCUUGGGUCACCAUUGUUGAAAUUGGAAAUCAGAGAGGGCACUUCUUACAUUUUGGGGGAUAGUCACACCUGUAACUCUGAAUAUGAUGAGUAAUGCUGUUGAUGGAUGAUCUAGUGACUAUAGUUGUGGUGAUAGUUGGGGAUGAGAAGUAUAAAACAGUUCAAUCUAAUCCUCCCACUCUUAAUUCCAUUGCUGUCUUGUCCCAGGUCCAUAUGGGAAACCUGAACUUCUCCCUUGGCAGAGUGCAGUAUGACACCCAGGUCCAGUCCACCUUCCCCCUGGAGGCCCAGGUGUGCGUUGGCGUGGGGGCCUCCAUCGUAGCCCUCAUCGUCCUCAUCAUAGUGCUCAUAUACAGGUGGGUGCCGACACAUUUACAUUUUAGUCAUUUAGCAGACGCUCUUAUCCAGAGUGACUUACAGUUAGUGAGUGCAUACAUUUUUCAUACUGGCCCCCCGUGGGAAACGAACCCACAACCCUGGCGUUGCAAGCGCCAUGCUCUAUCAACUGCGCUACAGCGGACCAGUCACUGUACUCUACCAAGUAUAAACCAUUUAAUCUGUUCAAAGUAAUGCUCGGUAUAUUGGACGUGAGCUCUUCUGUCUGUCCACGUGUCUCUCUGUCAGGAGGAAGAGCAAACAGGCCGUGAGGGACUACAAGAAGGUCCAGAUUCAGCUGGAGAAUCUGGAGACCGGUGUGAGGGACCGCUGCAAGAAGGAGUUCACAGGUGAGAGAAAGCGCCAUAAGCCAUAAAUUCACAUAUAAAUGUUUAUUUCUUUAUUUAACUUUUAUUUAACCAGUUUAGUCUCUUUGAGAUAAACAUCUAUUUUUCAAGAGAGACCUGGACAUAACAGCAUCUUAUAUCACAAAUCUUAUGGCCUCAAAUAAUGUGGGUUUUUCAGGUGUGGGUUACAUGUGCUUUUGCUAAAAAGAUUCUCACUGUAUCUCAAUGUGGUUUAUUUUCCGCCCUCUUCCUCUGUGUAGACCUGAUGACUGAAAUGAUGGACUGUUCCAGUGACCUGGUGGGUUCUGGUAUCCCCUUCCUGGACUACAGGGCGUAUGCAGAGCGCAUUUUCUUCCCUGGCCACCGGGAGUCGCCACUGAGGCGAGAUUUGGACGUGCCGGAGUGCCGUAGACAGACGGUGGAGCAGGGGCUGGUUCAGCUGUCCAACCUCCUCAACAGCAAACUAUUCCUCACCACGGUAACCUCAAACGACUCUGAAUAAUUAUGCUGUACAGUUUUGUUGUUUACUGAACUUGAACCAGCUCAAUAGAAUUUAGACUCUAAAACAUCUACAGUAAUAUCAUAGUAAUAUCAUAAUGCAUAUAUUUAAUGCUUCUCUUUCACCGUGUCACUGUUUUGACCCCUUUGUGUCCCUCUCUCCCAGUUCAUCCACACCCUGGAGGUGCAGCGGACCUUCUCCCCUCGGGACCGGGCUUACGUGGCCUCCCUGCUCACCGUGGCCCUGCAUGGGAAGCUGGAGUACUUCACUGACAUCCUCAAGACUCUGCUCAACGACCUGGUGGUGCAGUACGUGGCCAAGAACCCCAGACUCAUGCUCCGAAGGUGAGGGGGGAUUGAUCACUAUGAUGUUCUCCUCAGUCUUGGGUAAUGACAGUCUUCUUGCGGGGUCUUCUAAAGUCUCUUGUGGAUGGGUUUUCUUAUCAGUGUCAGACACAUUCAUGUGAAAUAUGUUGUCCUGUUUCAGAACUGAAUCAGUGGUGGAGAAGCUCCUGACCAACUGGAUGUCCAUGUGUCUGUUUACCUUCCUGAGGGUGAGUCUCUCAGCCUGCCAUGUCCCCAUUCACCCCCCUGUGUCUCCUCACUAAAGAGGCAGUUAGAGAACCAUGUCUCUGUGCUCUGUUAUUAGGACACUGCAGGGGAGUCCUUCUACAUGCUGUUCCGAGCAAUUAAACACCAGGUGGACAAGGGACCGGUGGACGCCGUGACAGGAAAGGCCAAGUAUACACUCAACGACAACAGGCUGCUCCGCGAGGACGUAGAGUACAAAACCCUGGUGAGAGCACAGCACACACAAACCCUGAUGUCCCUUUUACCACAAAGACACGUCUACAUGCAGGGCUUUAUGUUGCAUUAUGAAGCAGAGGUUAGAAAGGGAGUUGUGCAGCAUGGUGAACUAAGUAGUCCUUAGUUUCAGUGUAACAGUAUAAUGAACCACCAUUGACUUUUCAGACGCUGAAUGUCCUCAUGCCAGCGAUAGGCAACGGUGACGUGCCCCAGACGGCUCCUGCCAAGGUGCUGGACUGUGACACCAUAACCCAGGUGAAGGAGAAGCUCCUGGAGCAGGCAUGGAAGGGCAUGUCCUUCUCCCAGAGGCCCCACACAGACACUCUCCACCUGGGUGAGGGUCCCACUACAGCUCUCUCUAUUAUUCACUGUUCAAUCUGAAGAGGUGACAUCCUCGUCCAUCCUGGCAUGCCAGGUAGAAGUGAAGCCAAAGAACAUGGUGUCCAGGUUAAUGGACAUGCUAUAGAAUUGACAAAGCCAACCGUUAUAAUUAAAUGUUUAAUCUUCUGUAUUGUGUCCUUGAUCAGAGUGGCGUGCGGGCACGGCAGGUCACCUGAUCCUGUCUGACGAGGACCUGACGUCGGUGGUGCAGGGCUCCUGGAAACGCCUCAACACCCUGCAGCAUUACAAGGUCAGACACAGCAGGCCACACAUCCCAUCACAUUCUAUCCCUCCCUAUCACCCUUAAAGGGAUAGUUCCACAUUUUGGCUAUUAAGCCCUUUUUUCUACUAGCAUGCUAGCUGCUCCUGUAGACUUCAUCAUUGCGCUAACGCCAGUUAGCAAUGCCUCCAGAAACUACAGUCAAACUGCACGCAGAGACAUAUAAAUGGUAUCAAUGAGAUUAUCUGACUCUGGGGAAGUAGAUAAAAGGGCUAUAUCACCUAAAUGUCUAACUAUCCCUUUAACCAGAAUUACUAACUACAUCACUGUAAAGUCUCCUUUUUGUUACUUUGUUAACUUGAUUUUAUGAUUUCACAAAUGGUCUGCAGGUUCCGGAUGGAGCCACUGUUGCACUGGUACCCCGGAACUCCAAACACGUCCAUAAUGACAGCCAUGACUACAUUCCUGGAGAGAGUGAGUCUCAACUUACAGUGGGGAAAAAAAGUAUUUAGUCAGCCACCAAUUGUGCAAGUUCUCCCACUUAAAAAGAUGAGAGAGGCCUGUAAUUUUCAUCAUAGGUACACGUCAACUAUGACAGACAAUUUGAGAAGAAAAAAAUCCAGAAAAUCACAUUGUAGGAUUUUUUUAUGAAUUUAUUUGCAAAAUAAGUAUUUGGUCACCUACAAACAAGCAAGAUUUCUGGCUCUCACAGACCUGUAACUUCUUCUUUAAGAGGCUCCUCUGUCCUCCACUCGUUACCUGUAUUAAUGGCACCUGUUUGAACUUGUUAUCAGUAUAAAAGACACCUGUCCACAACCUCAAACAGUCACACUCCAAACUCCACUAUGGCUAAGACCAAAGAGCUGUCAAAGGACACCAGAAACAAAAUUGUAGACCUGCACCAGGCUGGGAAGACUGAAUCUGCAAUAGUUAAGCAGCUUGGUUUGAAGAAAUCAACUGUGGGAGCAAUUAUUAGGAAAUGGAAGACAUACAAGACCACUGAUAAUCUCCCUCGAUCUGGGGCUCCACGCAAGAUCUCACCCCGUGGGGUCAAAAUAAUCACAAGAACGGUGAGCAAAAAUCCCAGAACCACACGGGGGGACCUAGUGAAUGACCUGCAGAGAGCUGGGACCAAAGUAACAAAGCCUACCAUCAGUAACACACUACGCCCCCAGGGACUCAAAUCCUGCAGUGCCAGACGUUGUCCCCCUGCUUAAGCCAGUACAUGUCCAGGCCCAUCUGAAGUUGCUAGAGUGCAUUUGGAUGAUCCAGAAGAGGAUUGGGAGAAUGUCAUAUGGUCAGAUGAAACCAAAAUAUAACUUUUUGGUAAAAAACUCAACUCGUCGUGUUUGGAGGACAAAGAAUGCUGAGUUGCAUCCAAAGAACACCAUACCUACUGUGAAGCAUGGCGGUGGAAACAUCAUGCUUGGGGCUGUUUUUCUGCAAAGGGACCAGGAAGACUGAUCCGUGUAAGGAAAUAAUUAAGAUUUUGAGUGAAAACUACUUCCAUCAGCAAGGGCAUGAGAUUGAAGCCAGUGAGAAAGGUUCCUCACUUCCAAGUCCAGUAGUGCCAACACGGCUAUUAAAAAAAAAACAUAAAGCAGAAAUACAACAGAAAAUAUAUAUACAGUGUGUGCAAAUGUAGCAAGUUAUGGAGGUAAGGCAAUAAAUAGGCUAUAGUGCAGAAUAAUUACAAUAGUAUUAACACUGGAAUGCUAGAUGUGCAAGAGAUUAUGUGCAAAUAGAGAUACUGGGGUGCAAAAGAGCAAAAUAAAUAACAAUAUAGGGAUGAGGUAGUUGGGUGGGCUAAUUUCAGAUGGGCUGUGUACAGGUGCAGUGAUCGGUAAGGUGCUCUGACAACUGAUGCUUAAAGUUAUUGAGGGAGAUAAGAGUCUCCAGCUUCAGAGAUUUUUGCAAUUCGUUCCAGUCAUUGGCAGCAGAGAACUGGAAGGAAUGGCGGCCAAAGGAGGUGUUGGCUUUGGGAAUGACCAGAGAGAUAUACCUGCUGGAGCGCAGACUACGGGUGGGUGCUGCUAUGGUGACCAAUGAGCUAAGAUAAGGCGGGGAUUUGCCUAGCAGUGAUUUAUAGAUGGCCUGGAGCCAGUGGGUUUGACGACGAACAUGUAGUGAGGAUCAGCCAACAAGAGCGUACAGGUCACAGUGGUGGGUAGUGUAUGGGGCUUUGGAGACAAAACGGAUGGCACUGUGAUAGACUACAUCCAAUUUGCUGAGUAGAGUGUUGGAGGCUAUUUUGUAAAUGACAUCGCCGAAGUCAAGGAUCGGUAGGAUAGUCAGUUUUACAAGGGCAUGUUUGGCAGCAUGAGUGAAGGAGGCUUUGUUGCGAAAUAGGAAGCCGAUUCUAGAUUUAACUUUGGAUUGGAGAUUCUUUAUGUGAGUCUGGAAGUUGAGUUUACAAUCUAACCAGACACCUAGAUAUUUGUAGUUGUCCACAUACUCUAGGUCAGACCCGUCGAGAGUGGUGAUUCUAGUCGGGUGGGCGGGUGCUAGCAGCGUUCGAUUGAAAAGCAUGCAUUUAGUUUUACUAGUGUUUAAGAGCAGUUGAAGGCUACUGAAGGAUUGUUGUAUGGCAUUGAAGCUCGUUUGGAGGUUUGUUAACACAGUGUCCAAUGAAGGGCCAGAUGUAUACAAAAUGGUGUCGUCUGCGUAGAGGUGGAUCUGAGAGUCACCAGCAGCAAGAGCGACAUCAUUGAUAUACACGGAGAAAAGUGUCGGCCCAAGAAUUGAACCCUGUGGCACCCCCAUAGAGACUGCCAUAGGUCCAGACAACAGGCCCUCCGAUUUGACACACUGAACUCUAUCUGAGAAGUAGUUGGUGAACCAGGCGAGGCAGUCAUUUGAGAAACCAAGGCUAUUUAGUCUGCCAAUAAGAAUGCGGUGGUUGACAGAGUCGAAAGCCUUGGCCAGGUCGAUGAAGACGGCUGCACAGUACUGUCUAUUAUCAAUCGCGGUUAUAAUAUCGUUUAGGACCUUGAGCGUGGCUGAAGUGCACCCGUGACCAGCUCGGAAACCGGAUUGCAUAGCGGAGAAGGUACGGUGGUAUUCGAAAUGGUCGAUGAUCUGUUUGUUAACUUGGCUUUCGAAUACUUUCGAAAGGUAGGGCAGGAUGGAUAUAGGUCUGUAGCAGUUUGGAUCUAGAGCGUCACCCCCUUUGAAGAGGGGGAUGACCGCGGCAGCUUUCCAAUCUCUGGGGAUCUCAGACGUUAUGAAAGAGAGGUUGAACAGACUAGUAAUAGGGGUUGCGACAAUUUCGGCGGCUAGUUUUAGAAAGAAAGGGUCCAGAUUGUCUAGCCCAGCUGAUUUGUAGGGGUCCAGAUUUUGCAGCGCUUUCAAAACAUCAGCUGUCUGAAUUUGUGUGAAGGAGAAGCGGGGGGGGCAUGGGCAAGUUGCAGCAGAGGGUGCAGAGUUGGUGGCCGGGUUAGUGGUAGCUAGAUGGAAAGCAUGGCCAGCUGUAGCAAAAUGCUUGUUGAAAUUCUCGAUUAUUGUAGAUUUAUCGGUGGUGAUAGUGUUUCCUAGCCUCAGUGCAGUGGGCAGCUGGGAGGAAGUGCUCUUAUUCUCCAUGGACUUUACAGUGUCCCAAAACUUUUUGGAGUUAGUGCUACAGGAUGCAAAUUUCUUUUUGAAAAAGUUAGCCUUUGCUUUCCUGACUGCUUGUGUAUAUUGGUUCCUAACUUCCCUGAAAAGUUGCAUAUCGCGGGGGCUAUUUGAUGCUAAUGCUGUACGCCACAGGAUGUUUUUGUGCUGGUCAAGGGCAGUCAAGUCUGAGGAGAACCAGGGGCUAUAUCGGUUCUUAGUUCUGUAUUUUUUGAAUGGGGCAUGUUUAUUUAAGAUUGAGAGGAAAUUACUUUUAAGGAACAACCAGGCAUCCUCUACUGACGGAAUGAGAUCUAUAUCCAUCCAGGAUACCUGGGCCAGGUCAAUUAGGAAGGCCUCCUCGCUAAAGUGUUUUAGGGAGCGUUUGACAGUGAUGAGGGGUGGUCGUUUGACCGCGGACCCGUUACGGACGCAGGCAAUAAGGCAGUGAUCGCUGAGAUCCUGGUUGAAGACAGCUGAGGUGUAUUUAGAGGGUAUGUUAGUCAGGAUGAUAUCUAUGAGGGUACCCAUGUUUACGGAUUUAGGGUUGUACCUGGUAGGUUCGUUGAUAAUUUGCGUGAGGUUGAGGGCAUCUAGCUUGGAUUGUAGGAUGGCUGGGGUAUUAAGCAUAUCCCAAUUUAGGUCACCAAGCAGUACAAACUCUGAGGAUAAAUGGGGGGCAAUCAAUUCACAUAUGGUGUCCAGGGCACAGCUGGGGGCUGAGGGGGGUCUGUAGCAAGCGGCAACAGUGAGUGACUUAUUUCUGGAAAGGUGGAUUUUUAGAAGUAGAAGCUCAAACUGUUUGGGCACAGACCUGGAUAGUAUGAUGGAGCUCUGCAGGCUAUCUCUACAGUAGAUUGCAACUCCACCCCCUUUGGCAGUUCUAUCUAGACGGAAAGAUGAAACGUGGCUGGGUCUUUCAGCAUGACAAUGAUCCCAAACACACCGCCCAGGCAACGAAGGAGUGGCUUCGUAAGAAGCAUUUCAAGGUCCUGGAGUGGCCUAGCCAGUCUCCAGAUCUCAACCCCAUAGAAAAUCUUUGGAGGGAGUUGAAAGUCCGUGUUGCCCAGCGGCAGCCCCAAAACAUCACUGCUCUAGAGGAGAUCUGCAUGGAGGAAUGGGCCAAAAUACCAGCAACAGUGUGUGAAAACCUUGUGAAGACUUACAGAAAACGUUUGACCUGUGUCAUUGCCAACAAAGGGUAUAUAACAAAGUAUUGAGAAACUUUUGUUAUUGACCAAAUACUUAUUUCCCACCAUAAUUUGCAAAUAAAUUCAUUAAAUAUCCUACAAUGUGAUUUUCUGGAUUUUCUUUUCUAAUUUUGUCUGUCAUAGUUGACGUGUACCUAUGAUGAAAAUUACAGGCCUCUCUCAUCUUUUUAAGUGGGAGAACUUGCACAAUUGGUGGCUGACUAAAUACUUUUUUUCCCCACUGUAUCUAUGACACAUAACAAGGGCAGCAUGGUCAUAGGAUAUUGUUUAGCAUCAAUACAACAGAGCUACCACAUUCAGACAAUUCACAAGAGAUCAUUUUGUUGCGGUGUUGAUACUGUGUAACUGCAUGUCAACUGCAUUGGGGUGACCUUACCUUAUAUACCUAGACUAGGACAUAGAUGGCCUGCAGGGGGCACUGUCUGACCAUGUGUGUCCCUCUUUCUGUCAGAGACGCCCAUGUUGGACGAUGGGGAUGAGGGAGGCGUGAAGCUCUGGCACCUGGUGAAAGCCAACGAGGAGCCAGACCUUCCCAAACACAGGCGUGGCAGUCUGAGGGAGAGGGAGAGGGCCAAGGCCAUCCCCGAGAUCUACCUCACACGCCUACUCUCCAUGAAGGUGCCAGAACGCACAUGCAACAAACAAGCAAUCCCACACACACAUAGGCUCAACCACAAACAAUAUUUGGAACAAUUUACACUCAACAUUUCCACAUAUUUAUUCCCAUAAGUUCCCGCUGUCUCUCCCAGGGCACACUGCAGAAGUUUGUGGAUGACUUGUUCACAGUGAUCCUGACCACUAACCAGCCAGUUCCCAUGGCUGUCAAGUACUUCUUUGACCUGCUGGAUGAGCAGGCUCUGCAACACAACAUCACAGACUCUGAGACCAUCCACAUCUGGAAGACUAACAGGUAACAACUCAGUACUACAGUCUCCUGAGUGGCGCAGUGGUCUAAGGCACUGCAUCGCAGUGCUAACUGUGCCACUAGAGAUCCUGGUUCGAAUCCAGGCUCUGUCGCAGCUGGCCGUGACCGGGAGACUCAUGGGCGGCGCACAAUUCGUCCAGGGUAGGGGAGGGAAUGGCCGGCAUGGAUGUAGUUCGAUUCCCACGGGGGGCCAGUAUAAAAAAAAAUAUGUAUUCACUAACUGUAAGUCGCUCUGGAUAAGAGCGUCUGCUAAAUGACUAAAAUGUAAAUGAACUACUGGUUCAUUUGCUUUCAAACACUGAAGUGUUUCCUAUCUUUUGUAAUAACAGCAACCAAUACAGAUCAGGGCCUCGUCAUUAAAGGAAAGGUUCACCCAUUUUGAAUGUUAUAUUGUUUUUGUGCAUCUCUAAGUGAUGUCCUAUCGAUUCCCUGGGUCAUUUCACGUUUUCAUGUGUAUCUGGGUUUUUGGCGUUCAAGCAGGCAGAAAUCUGUCCGGUAUUAUGUAUCACCGUGAUUAAGUCGCUCUCACUACACUGGACGUUAAUAGGAAUACGACUUUUAGGUCGCAAAAACGUCUAUCAUACAUGUCAGAUUUCAAAACUGGCCGAUGUCAUAACUCGGGAGGAUAUUUUCUCUCAAAUGACCCAUUGAUCAUAUUUUUGCGAUAUUCCUAACUCGAGAAAUGUGUAAUUUAACAGAGGGUCUAGCACAUUUUUCCUAUUGGUCUGCCUCUUUAGUCCAGGGUGCAUUACAUGGUGCCGUUGCCAGAGAUAUUAUAGAAAGGAGAUAGCAAUCCAAUGAAUGAAGGAACGUAUAACGCCCCACCCAGCAGACUGUCGACCAAUCGCGUUCACGUUGUCAUGGUGCGUCACACGGUUGCUAAACUAAUCGUCACGCAGUCCCUUCUUAAAGUCAAUGUAUAUGUCGAGAAACAUGUCUAUUUUCCUCUAAAGUACAUCAUGUCAUGAUUCCAAAGCUAUCCGAUACUACAGAUAGCAAGUUAAUUAUCUCACAUCUCGGAAAAUAUUUGUAAUGUUGUAGUUCUUGUUGACAAAAUUCGUGCUAAUGUUUAGCGCUCAAUAGACUCCCAUUCACUCCUUGUCCCAGAAUCGCCCAGAAUGCACCAUUGACGUAGCAUGGGCAACAUUCCCCAUCUUCUCAAAAGUACAUCUGCCGUUGCGAAUGUUAAAUUCCACUCUGUGAGGCACAUUGAUCUGCAGGUUGAACAUGGUGAGAUUGUAUACUCCGAAAUUGACAGUGCCGUUUGUUUGACAUCUAACUGGCUAUGUUACAUGCUGAUAUUGUCUUUGGUAUUAUUGUGUGUAGCUACGUUUGAUAGUUUACAAGCCAGCCCAUAGAGAGCUUUGCAUUGUGGGUUUAGUAGUCGAUUUGAGCUGCCACAGUUUUACACAAUGAUAUCCCAUGUUGCUACCAACGUUAUUAUAACGCCAAAAUGAAACAUUUGUAAACAAAAAAUAUUGUUCCCACAUAUUAGUGUUAGUUAACACUGUAAAUUAAAGGAAUUAGUGGUUUUGGGUUGAUUUUCCCUUUAAAUAUAAUAACAUCUCUCUGCAUACAGAGUUCUAAUUGUUUGUUUUCCCACCAGUUUACCCCUGAGGUUCUGGAUUAACAUCCUGAAGAACCCUCAGUUCAUCUUUGACGUUCAGGCAUCAGACCACGUGGAUGCUGUGUUGUCUGUCAUAGCCCAGACCUUCAUGGACUCCUGUACCAUUGCAGAGCACAAGCUGGGCAGGGUGAGGCAAACAAGGAGAGGAGACCUUACUGAGUAGGUUAAGGGCCCAGGGGGAACAGACGGUCUAGCAGAAAUGAAGGGAGAGUAGAGAUACCAGGGGUUUUUGAAUGAAAUAAAUAAGUAUAGAGAGAGAGAACGAGAGCAUGCACGUUCUCAACACUCAUGUAACCGUACUUUGUUUUGAGUAGAACAUUUUAUUUUUUUCCCUCUAGGACUCUCCUAUCAACAAGUUGCUGUAUGCCAGAGAUAUCCCACGGUACAAGCAGAUGGUAGAGAGGUGAGAAUACAAUACGCCAGGCUGUUACCUUCCUGACCCUGGGCAGGGCAGAGAGGGCACAGCCAAUCUGUCAGUGCCAUGGAGCGGGCUCACUGAGCAUGCAGGGCCUCUUCUGGGGAAAGUCUGUCGGUCUGGCAGCACACACCACAACCAUAGCUAUAUAGGGAACUCAUGUCAGAAGAAUUCUAAUGUAGUCAUUUGCAUGAAAUGGAUGAAUUAGUGUUGUAUGAGACGUGUAGCAUAUGGAUUUUAUGGAGGGUGCACUAAUCUCAGAUUUCCAUUCCCUCACUACUCACCCCCCCCCCCCCCUCACUUUUCAGAUACUAUGCUGACAUCAGGCAGACCAUUUCUGCCAGUGACCAGGAAAUGAAUUCUGCUCUUGCAGAACUGUCUCGAGUAUGUUACUUUUAAAAAUAUCUACAACUUGGUACAUGUUUUGAGGUUAAUUUUGUGCUGUAGGCCUUUUCUGUUUGGCCUUUGGUUGUUUUUGUAUAGAGCACGUAGAAGUUAUGAACCAAGAAAGUUUUAGUGAGUAUUUCCACCUUCUUUCUUUACAGAAUUAUGCUGGCGAGGUGAACUACCUUGUGGCCCUGCAUGAGUUGUACAAGUACAUCAACAAGUACUAUGAUCAGGUGAGUCCUCCAUUUCUAUCCAUUGAGGCUUUUGAGCCCCUUCCUUGUAAUUUCCAUUAGAUGUUAAGCUAGCUGAGAUAAACAAAAGUAAUUGUCUAUCUUAAAGUAACUGUCCAGUGUUUCCAGAUUUCUCUAUUAUGACCUAUAAUUAAUUACAAUAUGAGUGAAAUAGUUUUCCUUCCAAAUAGUUUUAAUUAAGUAUGUUAAAAAGCAGCGAGUAGACCGCUGAGGAUGACACCAUGUUCUAUGAGGAAAUAGCAAGCAUUUUUUAAACGGUCUGCUUCAGAAAUACAAGUUUGAGGUGGGUGUUUUUUUCUCUCCAAUUUAUUUGUUGGCCACAAAUAAGAGUAUAGGAUGAGUCAACAACAUUAUUUGGGUAUGAGUUUUCAUCAAUAAUGGCUGUUGAUGCCGAAAAAGCUUUCGAUCGUCUUUCCAGCUGAAAUAAUAAAUUUAAUAGAAAUAUUGUAUAAAUAUCCUAAAGCGAAAAUACACAUGAAUAAUACAUUAUCUGAUGAAAUUGCUUUAGAAAGGGGCACAAGACAGGGAUGUCCUCUCUCUCCCCUUCUGUUUGCACUGGCAAUUGAACUGCUUGUGGAAAGAAUUAGACAGGACAAGUGUAACAGGUAUCAGUAUUGGUAAAGAUGUAUAUAAACUAAACUCAUUUGCAGAUGAUCUCCUGAUAAACCUGACCAAUAUUGAAAACGAAAUAUAUAAAAUGAACGUGGAAAAAAAACAAAAUAAUGGCAAUUGGAAAAAGAAAAAGAAUAACUCACGAUUUAAAGUAAUCCUUCAAGUGGACCACAAAACAUUUAAAAAUAUUUAGGAUGCUUAAUAAGUGACAAUAAACCACAAAUAUAUAAAGAUAACUUUAUUCCAUUACUCAACAAUAUGAAUUCAGAUUUAAUUAAAUGGAAUAAAAUUCCCAAAAAUCUUACAGGUAGAAUAAACCUCUUUUAGAAUGGCAUGGCUACCAAAGUUUUUGUAUUUUUUUUCUGUAUUAUUUUUGGUAAUAGCAAUUACCCCACCGAAGACAUUCUUUUAAAAAAGUAUACUCGGUCAUAACAGACUUUAUAUGGGAAAAUAAAAUUCAUAGAAUAAAAAUGAAAGUUUUACCUCUUCCUAAAUCUGAGGGAGGUUUUAACCUUCCUGACUUGGAAUUCUAUUAACUCGUUACCCAAGGCUUUUACUUGCGACAUAUAGUUGAAUGCACUCAAGAGGAACAAUUGGUACAUAUUGAAGAUGCGCAUGCUCAUCCCUAUAAUCUUUCUACGUGUCUAUUUUCGAGGAUAAAGCUAAGAACAUUAACAACUUCACAGUUAAGAACACUAUAACGAUAUGGAAGAAAAUGAAACAUAUAUUUUACCAGAACCAAUAUCACUCCCUAGAAACACAACCUUAUGGAAUAAUCCUUGGAUAGCUUUUCAGAAUGAAUCAAGAAAUUGGCCCACAUUGAAACCUAAAGGCAUAGAAACCUUAAAUGACUUGGUAAGAGGAAAUACAUGUAUUUCCAUGACAGAGUUAAAAAGUAAUUUUGGACUGACCAAUGUAGAUAGUUUCAAAUACAUAUCACGAAAUAUAAAUUUGAAAUCUUUUGGACAUCAGAGCAACCUUGAGGGAAUCUUAUUUGAGUCAGAAGAGGAUGUUCAUAUGAUAGGAAAGAUCUACAAAACCUUGCAGAGAGCAUAUCCAACUGACAACCUCAUAGGAAAAAAAUAUAAACUAUUGGAACCAAGAUUUAAAAAUAACUGAUGUUGGCAUAAGAUGGAGGGAAAGUUGGAGUAUAACUAACGGAAUUACAGUUAACGAAAAUGUACGCUCCGGUAUAAAUUCAUGUAUAGAAUUGAUUAUACAAGAGACAAAAUUCACAAACUCUACAGCACAACGGCAGAGUCACGUCUCAAGUGUAAAACUAAUAAUGACUCAAUAAUCCAUGCUUUUUGGGAAUGCUAUAAAGUUCGGAAGUUGUGGGAGAAGCUAGAAAGUUGGCUGUCAGAAGUAUUACAAUAUAAACUUACUUUUAAUCCAUCUGUCUGCAUAUUUUCAAGACAUGACAUAUGGGGGUGUAGUGAGAUACCCAGUGGGCUAGACGAUUCUUUUCUCAUUACUCAUUUUGAAAAAACAUAUUUUACUAAAAACUUGGAAGUCAAUCAAUCUGCCAUCAUUGACACAAUGGAAAAAUUGAAUUAUUUAUUAUUAAAAUAUUGCAAUAGCAUGGGCGACUGAGAAAAACAAAUUGGUCAAAUUUAAGACCAAGUGGCAAACAAUAAUGCGCUAGGGAUGGGGGUGUGAGCAGGCGGGUCUGGACAGAUGAGAUGUAGUAAUUGUUUCUAUGUGUCUGUAAAUUGUCGUUCGUAUGAGUUUGUUUUGGAAUGUAAAAAAAGAAAGAAAGAAAAGGAAAAAUAAAACCUAAUAAAAAAAGUGUGAUUUUCACUGGACAGUUACCUUUUAUUGGUACUCUCUCCUCCCAGAUCAUCACUGCUCUAGAGGAGGAUCCCACAGCUCAGAAGAUGCAGCUGGGAUACAGGCUCCAGCAGAUCUCGGCUGCCGUGGAGAAUAAAGUCACUGACCUAUGA